AUGGGGAUCGUUCGCUCUCCUAUUGUGAGCUUUAGAGCAGCAUUUUUUUUCAAUUUUGACAACCAGUGUUGUGAUCAAAGGAAAUGGCCGAAAUACUUCCAAUUAUUCAAAGCCAGUCGCAAUGGUAUAGAGCGCCUAGAAAUAAGCGACAGUGAAAACGACAAGAAUACAAGAAUUGUAACGCUAGAAAACUGUGUCAAAAUCAUAGUCGAGCAGUCCCCUGUUAACAUUAUAAAUGUUGUUACAAAAACAGGACAAAUUCAACUGCAUUCCAGUAAUGAUCUACUUGUGAAACAAUGGAAAGUAGCGUUACAGUCAGUAGCGUUCAAAGAAAAACCAUCACAAAGCGGUAUUGUGUACCAUAGUACCAUCAUUGAAGAGGACAAUGAUUUAUAUUGUUCAUCCUAUAGUGAAGGUAUAUUCACGGUGACGUUGAUACCAACAAAUGCUUCCAUUAAGUGUGGACUAGAACCUAAAUUGUACACUCUCAUGUUAUCAAGUUCAGACAUUUUGUUAAAAUGUUACGACGAUGAGUCAUUCAUAGUAGCGCGUUGGCCUUACCGUUUCAUUCGUAAAUAUGGUUAUCGUGACGGGAAAUUCACGUUCGAGGCCGGCCGGAUGUGUGAUACCGGUGAAGGUACUUUUAAACUGGACAAUGUUAAUCCACAAGAAAUUUUCCGAAGUAUGGCAACCAUUAUGAAAUCUAUGAAAAAUAAAGUCACCAAUGAUACACCCAGUCAAUCAAAUCAGCUGAAUUUUGCAUUACGUAUGGAAGCCGGCUCAAGAAGUCCACUACCACCAACAAUUCCAGAUGCUUGUAUCGAUAUGGAAUGUCAAAAUUCUCUUCAGAGCGUUAUUUUAACAUCGGAUAUAACAACCGCAUCCAAUUCAAGUACAAAUGCAAACUGCAUCAUCCCAUGCAAACCACCACGAAAAACUUUCAAACCGAGUUUGAAUAGAACAAACUGUUCAAAAAUAUUACCUGAAGAACGCCAUCGCCAUAGUUCCAAUAUAACAUCUGUUUUCAUACAAAAUUUUAAUAGUCUUGAAAAUUCAAAAGAGUUGGCAGGGCAAUCCUCCAAUUCUGCAUCAUUAACACAUAAAAGCGAUCGGGAGUAUGAAUGUGUUAAAGACAUUACUGAAGCUUGGAAAAAACUUGGAAUAGACGAUAUAAACCACACGGAAAAAGUACUGAAUGAUGAACUGUGCUCAUCGCGAGAACACCAUGGCAAUGAUUUGUCUGAUAAAUCUACAACUACGUUUAGUUAUACGAAGUAUAGCAUUUUUGAUGAAACAUACGAUAGGCUGAACUUUUUUCGUACAACUUAUAAAUCCAGUGGAUAUAAAACAAUUGUUCCAAUUAAUACACAAUUUACUACACAGCGGUUUAACGUAAAUGUAUCAGAUGAUUAUGAAAUAGUUGGGGACCCAACCAUAUCAUCGAACAAUCAUAGUUUCAACAGUAGUGAGUUAGAUAGUUUUGAUGACAACGCCAACCAUGUAUCAACUGGACCAGACUUUUUGCCUUGCAGGAAAGCAGAUGAUAGUUAUUUAGGAUACGGUACGAUACGUAGACAUAACGAAAUAGAACAAAUUAACAAUGACAUUGCAUCUACAAUGCCCAGCAGUCCAACAAACAAUGAAGUUAUGGAGAAUAAUUCUACACAGUUGACCUAUUCAACGGCGUACAAACCUAAACUAGUUUGAACGAUAACCUUUUAUGUGAAAUAAAUUACUCAUGUUAUAA